CAGACAGUGACGAUGCUGAUCCUGAUCCUGCUGCCCGUGGCCUUUCUCCUGCCCCCCGGUGCUGGGGCUGGUGAGAUCAUCGGGGGCUGGGAAGCUCAGCCCCACUCCAGACCCUACAUGGCCCAUCUAGACAUACAAGAUGGAGACAAGAGGUAUCGCUGUGGAGGGUUCCUGGUGUCGGAGAACUUCGUGCUGACGGCUGCUCACUGCAAUGGAGUCAAGAUCAUUGUCAUCCUGGGAGCCCACAACAUUACCAAAAAUGAAUUGAGCCGACAAGUGAUCCCUGUGAGACGCCCAUACCCCCACCAGGAUUAUGACAAGGAGGCGCCCAAUAAUAACGACAUCAUGCUGCUGCAGCUGGAGCACAAGGCAGAACUCAAUGAACAGGUCGGGCUCAUCCUUCUCCCCCUGGCUCAUCAGCGAGUGAAACCAGGGACCGUGUGCAGCGUCGCCGGAUGGGGCCGCACAAGCGCACUCAGUAAGGGGCUCCCCGAUGUGCUCCGGGAGGUGGAUUUGAAGGUGCUGGAUGAUCAGACGUGUCUGAAGUACCCUGGUGGGGCAUAUCGUAACUAUAACGGCCACACGAUGAUGUGUGUGGGGGACCCAAAGGAGCACAAAGCCUCUUUCAAGGGUGACUCGGGGGGCCCCCUGGUGUGUGGGAAAACAGCUCAGGGCAUCGUCUCUGGGGGACCCAGCAAUGGACGCCCCCCCAGAGUGUACACAAGAGUCUCCACCUUCAUCCCCUGGAUACAGGAAACGAUGAGGAGGCUGCAGCCCUGA